CCAGAGACAUUUGGUGAAGCUCAUCGUUCACAGAGCUUAUUCCAUUUCCUAGUUUCGACAAAACCGUACAAAACCUAAAAUACAGUUCCAUUUGGCUUCCAAAAAAAAUGCAUAAAAAUUAAAAGUGAAAAAAAGUGAAACCAAAAACUUGACAAAAAUUAAAGUUACCUAAAAAGCCCAAAAUCUGGUGAGGACAACAUGCAGCCGCGCUACAAGCUGCGUGUCCUGGCGCAGCGGCAACGCCUGGUCCCCAACCUAAUGCUUAAUAUUGUCCAGAUCCUGGAGGAGGCUGGCCAUCCCUUGAGAGAGAGCGAGCUGGUAGUGAGCCUGAGGAGAGUCUACCACCGUCCUGACCCGGAAUUCCAGCGCCAGGUGCGUCUCAAUCUGCGUGACGGCGUCUCCUAUGGCAUCCUGAGGCGCAACAAGAACCUCGUGGCCCUGCGAACACAACGACUCGGCGAGCUGAUGGCCGCGUUAACACCAUAACCUCUGGGACACUAAUUUUACACAAUUUUUGGUUAUGGGUUUCCAACAACGCGGUCACCGGAAGUAGAAAUUUUUAUUUGGAAGCCGAAUGGGACAUUACAACGUGGCUGUUUGUGGAAUCUUGUAUAUGUUUGUUUUUUUUGUUUAUAAUUUAUAAUAUAUAGAAAUAUUUUUGAGA